AUGUCACAAGUUUUUGAAACAGUUUACAACGUCCCCCUUACAUGUCAAUCGUGCGUCGAUUCGGUGAGUAAGGAGCUGUUGAAAAAUGAAGGAAUCACGAAUGUGAAAUGUGAUCUUGCCACUCAGACUGUGUCGGUGGAAGGAUCAACCCCGCCUUCUCAGAUUAUUGAGUCCAUUCAGAACACGGGACGAGACGCCAUUGUAAGAGGUACGGGGAAACCAAAUUCUGCUGCUGUGUGUAUUUUGGAAGACUUUACAAAGGAAGUAUCAGAUUUGUCAGGACAGCAGGACAGAGACGUUUACGGGCUAGCCAGGUUGAUUUCGACUAAGGUGGACGAGAUGUUUGUUGACCUGACUCUCACUGGAAUGAAACCGAAUGGGGAGUACUACGCCAGUAUAAGAAGCAGUGGAGAUCUGAGCCGUGGCCCGCUGAGCACGGGCAAGUCCAUCUUCACGUUGCCCAAGGUCUCCUGCGAUGAGACGGGCAAGUGCCAGCAGUACGUCUCGGUUCCUUUUGGAAUUGACAGCCUGAUUGGAAGAGCGGUGACCGUCAGUCCUAACAGCACUAAAGUUUUCAUGGAUUCGAUGACCGGCGUGAUUGCCCGAAGUGCCGGAGCCUGGGAGAAUGACAAGUACGUGUGUUCGUGCACAGGUAAGAACAUCUGGCAGGAGCGGGAGAAGGCCAAGGACCGUGGAAUCAACUAG